AUGGAAGAGGAACGCGCUGCACACAUGCGGUUUAUCCAGACUUUCCUGCAGAGCUCAGAGAAGACCCUGGAUGCCGUGGACGUCCUGCUGGAGAGCUUGGUGCUCAGCUCCCCGGGCUCCAGGGACCUGUGGAGAAUUUUGCAGAUGCUGCUGCCCUUCACCAACAUCAAGCACCCAGCUGUAUGUGAAUGGGCCGUGGCAAGGAUCGCAAAGCUGGCUGAUUUGAUGGCCAGCUCUUCCUCAGUGCAGGUCUGGAGCUUGCUUGGACACGACCACAGCUCUUCCCACCAUGACAUCAGCAAGGACCGCUUGCUGGGACGGCUGCUGGGAUGUCUCAUUGUUUGCUGGACUAGCAAGAUCUGGGCGAUCCAGCAGGAGGCUUUGGUUGCUCUUCAUCACCUCUCCAUAUUCAUCCAGCACCAAAAAUGCAUGACGUCACCUCAACCAGACAAUUGUCAUGAUCAUCCAGAGCAUCCCCAGGCUGGAGGGAAGAGGGAAGCAGGGAAACCCUCCUGUCUUUCUCUGUGCAGCACGAGGAGCAUGGCAAAGGCAUUUGGGGAAUACCUCCACCCUGCUGAUAAGACAGUCAUCAUCCUCAGGGCCAUACAGGCCAUGAGAGACCCAUGUGUAUGUGACAAGGAGGAGCUGAUCAGCAUCCUGAACGUGGCCAUGACAGAACCUGCCUCCUGGCUGACAGAGGUGUGGUUCAUCACGCGCUGCAUCUAUAACAACUUGCAGCACAUCAGUGCAGCAUCAGCCCGGUGCAGCCUGAAGUCGCUGUUUCUAAGCAUGGCACAGCAGAACCCCAGGGAGAUGAUCUUGAGCCUUAUAGAUAUCUCUCCAGCAUGUAACAGGUACUGACCCCCACAGCCCUUG